AUGUUCCAAUCUCACAAACCCUACUCGGCGGUGACCGUCCAAAUUGAAGUCCUCACCAGCGAAACAUACGAAGUCGAAGAUUCCUCCGGUAUUGUUGAACUAUUAGAGGUGGUCCGCAUCCAGGCGAGCGGACCAACGGAAGCGAGUCGCGCUUUGCGCAAGAAGCUAAAAUAUGGCAAUCUCCACCGACAACUCCGAGCCCUCGUCAUUCUCGACUUCCUGAUCCAAAACGCGGGAGACCGGUUCCUCCGUGAAUUUGCCGAUGAGCCUCUUCUCGAACGACUCCGUAUCGCAGGAACAGACUCCGUAUCCGACCCACUAGUCAAGCAGAAGUGCAAAGUACUUUUUGGACAAUGGGCCGUAACGUACAAAGAUACCGCGGGGAUGAGCGGGAUCACCGCGUUGUAUAAGCAGCUUCCGAAGAGGAAACAGCCCGCGACGCAGGCAAAGGCAAAGGUGCUCCGUGAAGGUGCGGAGCGAAAUCGGAACGACCCGCCGAUGGGCCACACGGUGUCCAUUUCAGCAGGUAAUGGGCCAUCUACACCACUCAGUGCUCCGAAGCCGAAGAGCAAGCCCAAGAAGGAUAAACGCGAUAAGAAGCUCUCUGUUAGUGCGGGACGGAGCUUCAAUUUGGAGCGAGAGCGUCCGGAGAUUGUACAGACACUAGCAUCGUCUUCAGUUGCAAGUACGAACUUGUUGAAUGCGUUAAAGCUCGUUAACCGUGAAACCACACGAGUGAGCGAGGAUGCAGAGUGCAUUAAUCGAUUCGAGAAAUGUAAAAAGCUUCGACAUCAGAUUUUGCGGUAUAUUCAGUACAUUGAAAGCGAGGAGUUUCUUGGUGGGUUGAUCCACGCCAAUGAAGAGCUCGUCACGGCUUUGAUGGCCUUUGAGGUGCUCGAUAAGAGUGUCGACUAUGAUAGUGACAGCGACGACGAUACAUUGUCUGGCAACUGGCGUUCCAAAUCCGAACUGGAAAAUGAAAUGAAUCAGGAUUUCAACGGAUUGAGUGUUAACCCGCCUAAGCCAUCCCGUCCAGCUGCUUCCUCAUCGGCGCAGGACCUUGAGAGCGAAAGCGAGGAAUCAGAAGAGGAUGACGAGGACAAUCCAUUUGGGGAUCGCAAUGCAAUCAAGACCCCCAGGGUUGAGAAAGCUGGUUAUACUUGGUAUGUUAUGUUUUGCGCGAAUAUCCGUCCACUGGGUCUCGUUGAACCAAUCACUAACUCUGUCACAGGAAAGAAGUAUAGGCGUAAACACUGA